AUGGACAUGGAUCUCUCGCAUGCUCGCCAUGGUCCUUUGCCACCGUCUGAGCGUCUUCGUCGUCAAAAGGAAGGACUGUGCACCUACUGUGGUUCAGCAGAUCAUUGGCUUGACGACUGCCCCAAGAAACCUGCAAAGCCCUCGUUCAAGAACGCCCCAAAGGCAACAGCCUCGAUCUCGGCCCUUCAGCCUACACAGACUAGCGACCAGCCCGAUGCAAUCUCUUUCCAAUUGGAAAAAGAUUCAGCCUAG